AUGGGAUAUACUGUCAAGUUUACCAUCCCUUCGUUGCCUCCCGGUCUGGUCCUGUCUGUGGCAGCGGUUGCAGGAUCGGUGAUGCUAUAUCUGAAACUUGCGGCAACAAACAGAUCUUCUAUUAGUCCGGAUGCUUACCACCAUGACGACGAUGCCGACGACGACGAGCACACGAUCCGUACAUUGGAGCAGCUUCGAAGUGUGAUUCCUGCUGGAAUGAGUGGUUCGGGAAUGGACAAUGCCGUCAAGGUGAUUGAUCAUAUCGACGAUCAAAUGAAGGAAUUCUUGGGACAUGCCAAUCUCUGCUUCUUGGCCACAAUGUCCCCACACAACAACAACAACAACAACAACAACAACAACAACAACAACGACGACGACGAAACCAACAAUACUGGCACUAGUCAUCUCCAAGUAUCUCCCAAAGGAGACCCCCCGGGAUCAUUGUUCCACGUGGCCGGUCCACGCAAAUUGCUCCUUCCCGAUCGACCCGGCAAUCGAUUACUGUUUGGAUUUCAAAAUCUCUUGACAAACCCUAAGAUUGGUCUGUGCGCCAUUGUAUCCGGCACGAACACGACAUUACGACUGGGUGGCACGGCCACAUUGACCAAAAAUCCCCAACUGUGCCAACAACUACAAAUCCGAGGGUGUCCGGCCACAUUGGUGCUUCAAAUUCACGUGGAAUACGCGUUCUUUCAUUGUGCCAAAUCGUUUAUCCGUGGCAAAGUAUGGGAUGCUGGUAGCCACCAAAAGAAGGUUCCCGUGAGUUUUGGCCCGUACAUUGCUCCUCGCGGCGGUCAAAAACUAGCGGGUAUGGUUGUAGAUACGAUUGUGGAACAGGAAUAUUCGCAGUUGCAAAAAGCCGUGGACGGACAACAACCCGAAAAGGCGCAGGGGUUUUGAUAGAGUGAGAGACGUACGGUAGUAGCACAGGACAAUAAGCCACGAACCGCAAAAAGCAGAUCCGAUUCAGCUGAUUUUUGUUGCCUUUGUCAAAUGAAUUGUUGAUAAUUUGAAUCCUAAUUGACUGUCACUUGUACCGUAGCGGUACCUGCCGCC